AAGUGUUUUCGAUUUAACUAAAAAUAUGUGGUUCGAGUGGGUUUAAAAGUUUGAGUGGUACCAAACAAUUGAAGUAAAAAUACCAGUUAUUAUUUUUUUUUCUAACUGGAAAAUGCCCACCAAAUAGUUUAAUUUUGCUUUAUUUCUUGUAAUUGUUAUUAAAGAAGUACUAUGUAGAAAGUUAGGCAACCAACAAAAUCCGAGAUUAGUUCCUUGUCAUUGUCAAGGUUGGCACAAGGUCGGUUACGUAACAUAACCUUAUUUUUCCAUAAAAUGCUCUCGGAAUAUGUUUACUAGAAAAUCCACUUUGGUGAAAAAGACAGGCCCUGACCGUGUGGGCCGUUACGAAUUCCUCAAACAAUUAAUCGUGGAAUUUGGGACAACAAAAUCGCUCGAGGCCAAGAAGCAAGUUUUGGCCAAUUUGGCGAAUUUUUCGUACGACCCCGUCAAUUUCGAGUUUUUGAAGCAACUCCAUGCCAUUGACUUGUUCCUUGCACAACUUUCCGAAGACAACGAGGAUUUGUUACAUUUUGGCCUCUCAGCAUUGUGUAACUUAAGUCCAGACGAGGAAUGCAAGGAUUACAUCAUUAAACUCAACGGAAUUAAACUAAUUUCGGACAGACUGUUCCACAAAAACGAGGAAAUCGCACUGAAUGCCAUCACAACCUUGUAUUAUUUAAUUUACCCCUCAAACAAGCAUUUACUAACUCGGGAAAUCUUGGAUAAAGUUCAGUUUUUCGAAUCCCACCAGAACCCCCGCUACAAAAACCUGGGGACAAUUUUUAUGGAAGAAUCAAAAAAUAUUAGGGUUCGCCAGUUUUCCACCAAAGCUACAUUCCUCAAACGGGUCACUAAAAAAGACUUGGAGCAGUUUACAGAAUUGAGUGGCGACACGAACCCGAUUCAUUCGACAAAAGGGCCACAGAGGGCGAUAGUACACGGAGCAUUACUCAAUUGUUACGUUUCUAAAGUCAUAGGGACGCAGUUACCAGGGCCGGGCUCAGUCGUGGUGGCCCAAACUUUGAAUUUCCCGCAUAAAUGCUACGAGGGCGAUGAGGUGAAAAUCACUGUGGAAAUGGCGGUAGAGCGGAAAAUCACCACAGUUAAAUUCACCUGUGAAGUACCCGAACGGGAGCAAGUGGUACUUUACGGCGAUGCUAAAUUAAUUCCGCCGAAAAAUAAAUAAUUUAUUUAAAAUUUUUGUUUCAUUUUGAAAAAAAAAACAAAUAAAGUGGGUCAUGUUGCGUU